CGGCGGAGAAGCUGCAGCGGUGUUGGUGGUUUGUGCUGUAGAGAAUGAAAUCAAAUCACCGAGGGAUACGAGGUAUGAUUUGGUUUCUCAACAACUAUUAAACAGAAAAGACAUACAGUACGGGACCGGAGGAAUACGACGAAGGAGACUUGCCAGGCGGACAUGAAUGCCUUGGAGAAAAGGGCUGUGAAUAUCAAGGAGGAGGUUUUUGACUGUGAAUGGGAUCGUAUCCAGCCUAAACAGGAGAGGCUCUGCAUUAAGAAUGAGGAUUGUGAACGGGGGACGUUGAACAUUAAGAAUGAGCCUGAAGAGAAGCCCGUCAUCGGUGACUUGCAGGAGUGUAAGACUCCAGACGAGAAAGAAGACUUUCAGUCAAAGUCUGGCUGUCAAGAUGGAGGUGUAAGUGGAUAUGUCUUCCCUCCAAGUAGAAAUUGUCUUGUUGAGGAGCAUGUUGUCAGUGGGAAGUCUGAUAUUUAUUCAGACACACAGAUCCCUGGGGAAACAUCAUGGAGAAUGGCAGAAGGCCAGCCAUCAUCUGCAAAUCGGUGUGGAGAAGCAGAUAGACUGGAACGUCUCAGCUUUGCCCCGUGUCUACCUGUUGUGGUCUGUCCUGAUGUGAAGUAUCAACAGACGGCACAUGGUGAAAAUAUGAAAUUCACAUCUGAUUCAGAUAUUUUGACAAGAUCCCCCAUGCAGUUAAGUGCUCUGCCAGUUGUGCACAAAACGGAGAUAGACGCAAUUAACAUGCCACAACAAGUGAACAGUGCUCCUUUGGAAGAAACGUGUGUCUUGCAAGAGCAAAAGAAAAGUCUGAAAUGUGCAUCUAAAGACAAAGGCAAUAUGUGGAACCAUGUGACUCAAGGGCCUUAUGGCUGUUCUGAAUGUGGAAAACAAUUUUCACGAAAAUCCAAUCUUAAGACCCACAAUAGAAUUCACACUGGGGAGAAACCCCAUUGCUGUUCUGAAUGUGGAAAAGGAUUUUCACAAAGGAUCCAUCUUGACAGCCACAGAGCAAGUCACACUGGAGAGAAACCCUUUUGCUGUUCUGAAUGUGGAAGAGGGUUUUCAAGAAGGCACCGUCUCGAUAGCCACAUGACAAUUCAUACUGGAACUCAGCCCUACGGCUGUGUAGAAUGUGGCAAACGAUUCUGUGACAGGAGAAAUCUUAACCAGCACAUGAGAACUCACAAUGGGGAAAAUCCUCUCUGUUGUUCUGAGUGUGGUGCACGAUUCUCAACAAGGACCCAUCUUUAUAAACACGAAAGAAGUCAUAAUGUAGGUAAACCCUAUUGUUGUAGUGAAUGUGGGAAAGUAUUUUCAAAAAGAAAUGGACUUGAAACCCACAAAAGAGUUCAUACUGGGGAGAAACCGUAUUCCUGUUGUGAAUGUGGUAAACAAUUCUCAUUCAAGAGCACCUAUAGAAGCCACAUUAAAACUCACACUGGAGAGAAGCCACAUGGCUGCUUGGAAUGUGGAAAGCGAUUUUCACAAAGAGGCCAUCUUGAGAACCACAUGGCAAUUCAUACUGGCGAGAAACCCUAUUGCUGUUGUGAAUGUGGAAAGAGAUUUUCAAGUAAAUCCUAUCUUAGGGCUCACAAUAGCAUUCACUCUGUAGAGAAACCCUAUUGCUGCUCUGAAUGUGGAAAAGGAUUUUCACAAAGAAACAAACUUGAAACCCACAAAAGAGUUCAUACCGGAGAGAAACCAUAUUCCUGUUGUGAAUGUGGCAAACGAUUCUCUUUCAAAAGCAGCUAUAGCAGCCACAUGACAAGUCACACUGGAGAAAAGCCAUUUGGCUGCUUGGAAUGUGGAAAACAAUUUUCAGAAAGAAGCACCCUUAAGGCCCACAAUAGAAUUCACACUGGAGAGAAACCCUUUUGCUGUUCUGAGUGUGGAAAACGAUUUUUACAAAAGAGUCACCUUGAGAGCCACACAGUUAUUCACACUGGAGAAAAACCCUACAGCUGUUCCGAGUGUGGAAAAAGAUUUUCAAGAAAAUAUUGUGUUGAGAGCCACAUGAGAGUUCAUACUCGAGGAAAACCAUGAACGAGUAAAUUAGAGGAGGAAAAAAGUGGUCACGCUCCUAACUACUCAAGUCUCGACGAGUACCUUCAUGUGCUGGGCUUCAUUGUGCAAGAUCUGUACCCAAUCACAUCAAGGCAAAGCUACUUUCUUAGUAAGAAUAUGGUCAAAAAUACUCCUUGUCACUGUCCCGCACAUCUUGCAGGAUAAGAAUGUGCACAGCUCUUGUCCCCACACUAGGGCAGAUGAAGGUGGUAGUGAUGGUAAUUAAAAAUAUUCAGAUGAAGAGAAGACCUCUCACUGUGGCAACGGUACAGAUAGAUGGUGUUGCUGAUCCCACAACAAUGCAACAGAAAAGACCAUGUAAGCAUACACUGAAAAAGACAUUUAGAUAGAUACUUUAUUAAUCCCAAGGGGAAAUUCACGAUAAUCCAGCAGCAGCAUACUAAUACAAUA